AGCCAGAAAAAACCUAAAUAUAUUAAAUAUGUGAUUUCUGAAUAUUAUAGAAAUAGAUAUUCAAAAUCAAUGGAAGUUGAAUUGUACAAAGGAAAUAAAUUCGAAUCAUAUUCUCCAUAUUCCCAAGUUGAAAAUAAACAUGUUGUUUACGACCAACUGAGUAUAACAGAGAUCAUCAAAGUAAAAGAUUCUGAAAUAAACAACAAAACUUUUGAGCAAAAGUAUAAAAUACUUGAGCAAAAAUAUAAAAAGUGUUUCCUCCAUUAUGAGGAGAUAUCAGUGAUUUCAUGUGAACAUCUGGAACAAUGUAUAAAUUUAUUAUUAGCAGAUACUAAUGAAAAUAAAAAAUUUAGUGAUAUUAAACAUAUUUAUGAUAGUAAUAUGAAAAAGUUAAUUAAAAUAAAGGAAUUGCAUGAUGAGAUCAUUAAAGAGUUUUCUAGUACAAUAUUUUGA